AUGGAGGUUACACCGCGACCAAGCCUGUCAUAUCCUAGCACACCCUCUUCCAAGGAUGUGCCAUACACCCCGCACAAAUCCUCGCCUCUGGCUGAACUCUCGCCCACCUCGUCCCCUGUCUCCGCCGCCCAGGCUCGACGGCGUUCUCAGUACAAGUCGACAGCCCCAUCGUCGUCACACAGUCGAACGGCAGGGAGCUCUUCGCACGCUUACAAAACACGCGCCUCUAGCGUCCGGACACGUCUUUUUGUUUCCGGAAUAGAGGUCGAGGAGGAACCCCAGCGGAACACGCUCCUGCGCGAGCGUUUCAAGGCGCGCUAUAUUGAGCGGGCCGUCCGCGCGCGUGAGCAGAAAAUCAAGCAGGGUCGUAACUGGGGUACUGGGUCAAGCAGUGAUGGCGACGCGGACGGAGAUACCGAAAUGGAGGAGGGGGAGGAGGAAGACGAGGAUUUCAUGCUAAAUGACGAGCUUUUCCGGCGGAUUAUGGCGAGCGCGAAGCGGAAGGAGCGACACCAGUACCGUGUUUCGUACCAGCUCGACGUGGGCUCGUCACUCGAUCCGGACAUGGAGGAUGUCGAAGAAUGGGAACGCGAGCUCAUCGGAGCGGGUGCUGACAUCGACCUCGAACCCCCAGACUUCGACGACGACGACGAGGCAACCGCGCUGGCUGCUUACGCCGAGGAAUGUGACUUGCUGGAAGGGCUGGAUGCCCACGCGGACGAGAUUUUUAGCCUGAGCGAUCUAGACGAUAUCGAUCUUGGCCCACAGGCACCAGGAGUCGUCCGCGGGGAAAGCGUUGAUGUGGACAUGAGCUAG